UUAUCCAUAGUUCUCCAAUCUGCCCAGUAGGCUAUGCAUCCGUCACCGAACAAAAGCUCCCUUCUCUGGAAAACCUAACAACUCCCAGAGACACAAGUGUCCACUUGUCCACACACCACAAGAAUCUUGCAUAAUUCUUGCCGGUCCAUCCUGGGUACAUGUGCAGGUGCAGGGUUAACCUGUUUAGGAGGACAGCAAGAGACAAUCAGGAUAAGGAUCCAGGACUACAAGCCCCAAAUUGUCAUAGACAUUUAAUGUCAGAACCCUUUAAGGCAGCCGCGUUCAAAGUACGGACCCCGCAGCCUGUAGUGUUAGCCAUCUAUGGACAGCCAGCUAUCUUGAAAUGUCUGUUCCCUGCCAGCUCUGACCGUGUCGACCCGAGCCUGGUGGUGACGUGGCAGAGGGUUGAGGACUCCCAGGUGGUACACAGCUUCUACUACGGAACGGACCAGCUUGACCGCCAGAGUGUGAGGUACCACAACCGCACUAAACUGUUCCACUCCCAGCUUGCGGAUGGCAACGCAUCCCUCAGACUGGACCGUGUCGGGCCAGAGGACCAGGGGAGAUAUCUCUGCUCAGCCACCAACACAAAUGGUUCCGGAAAGAUUGUGGUCCAGCUGAAAUAUGCAGCGUUCUACACGGAGCCACGCCUUACGGUCUGUGGCCGCACCUCCAACGUCACCUUCCUCUACGAGACCGAGGGUUAUCCAGAACCAGAGGUUCACUGGUUGGACCCGCAGGGCUUCAAACUCGACUACAAUCUGUCGGUGACCCAGUCGGCCAGGGCGCCGGGCCUCCUGCUCUCCCUGCGCGCUCAGCUUGUGGUGCAGGCAGGCCUGCCCAUCAACUACACCUUCUCCCUGAAGAAUCAGGUCCUGGAGCAGGUGAUAGAGAGGCCACUGAGCUACGGUGAGCAGACGUCCACGAUGGAUGGAUGGUGUGAUGUGUCAACGCAACACGACCACAACGACUGCCCCAGAUAUAUCCCCACGCUACUGUCCUUCCUCAUCCCUGUAGGAAUAUGCAUUGUUGUUUUUCUUGGAUACCGGUGCCUACAACAUAAAUUCUAAAUGUCAGGUGAACUGUUGGCCAGAACAAAAUGGACGGUAACAACUGGUUGGCCAGAACAAAAUCAGUGGCAACAGCCAUGCAAAAAUGCUGCUUCUAUAAUGGUAACACCGCAAAAAUUAGAUCUCAAUCACCUCGUCAAAAUGUGAGAAUCAUCUUACCGAUCACAACACUGAUAUGUUUAAAUGCUGUGUGUAUCUGUUCAGAUAUUCUGUUCAUUUCGCUAGCUAGCUGGCUUACUAGUGCAACGCAUGAGAUAAAUGACAUGGGAGAGACAAGUAGAUCUAAAGAAAUAUGUAUGAAUAAGUAGCUAGAGAUAGCUGCGUACCAGUGUUUAUUGCUGUUUGCUUCUGUGCGGGGAAGGAGUGUCUUUCAUAGUUAUUUUUUUUAAAUUAUUCAAUUCAUUUCAAUUUAUCAGUCUUACCAUUUUAGUGCAUUAAAGGCACCUACACAUUUCAACAACUUGCCUUAUAGACCAGGGGUGUCAAACCGGUUCCACGGAGGGCCGAGUGUCUGCAGGUUUUUGGUUUUUCCUAUAAAUUGGUUGUUAACAACCAGGUGAGGGUAGAAACUAACCAAUUAGUGACCUAAUUAAUCAAUCAAGUACAAGGUGAGAGCGAAACCCUCCACAGAACUGGUUUGAGACCUGUGUUGUAGACUAGAACACUGGUAUUUUCGCUACAAUGUGCUGACUAAGAUUAUGAAAAUAUACCUAGGUGACACAGUCUAAUGAAUCCCAUUUGACUGGUUUAAAAAGCAGUGCUAUUGAUUGUGGAUCAGGCAGUGCCAAUGACAAAUCUCUACACAAACCUAUACAUUCUGCUAUAGAGUGGUAAAGACUUAAACAGAUACAUCUAAGCCAAAUUAAAGGUCAUACCACUCACCAUGUGGCGUUGAAUAAACAUUGGUCAAUCUGCAAAUUUCAAGCCAAUUCCGGUCAAAUACAGAUUUCUGGUGGUCUCCCCUCUCUUCCAUCUCCGCUGUCUUUAUUUUCUGUCCCUAAUCAUUAUCACACUAUCAAGACUCCGCCUUUACCUAAACAAGACAGAAUAUUUGUCGCCAUCUUUUACAGCAGUGUAAAUAGGCCCUAGUCUUUCCUCAAUGAUUCACAGGUCUCAGUUGUGACCCCAUUACAGAGCUGGCGGCUGAGGUAUUGCAGUGAGUGUUACAGGAGUUGAAGUGUAGUCAGGGCGUUAGUGGGAGACAAGAUAUUUGAGCACUACUGAGACAAGUCAAUGGACAUAUAACACCUGGGAGCCAAGGGCAUUAUGGUAUAAACUAUGGCAUAUUACAUUUCUGUCCUGGAGGGCCGAAACCUUUCUGGCUUUAUUUACUACUAACAAUAUGGGACUGAUUCAGACCUGAGAUGCCAGGUGAAGGCAAUCAACUAGCCGCUAGAACCAAAAACCAGAAGUGUUUCAGCCCUCCAGGACUGGAAAUGAAUAGCCCUGGUAUAAACAAAACUGCUCGCUCCUUUGUGUUUCUACUGUAAGUUCACUGGUUUGGAUGGAGACUUACUCUAAAUAACAAUAUAUAUUUUUUUUUUUUCUUGUUUUUUGUAUGGUAUACAAAUGGUCUUCCAAUUUACUUCGAUGUUCUUGUAGAUUAGCAAUACCACGACCAGAGUCCCUGUGGGAGUUCCCGCCUCUGUCCUUGGAUAGUGUUUCUGAGCAAGAGCAUAAUGAUGCUGCAUUGUACAGUUGCUUGAAUCAAGUUGUCCAUAAUGCAAGACUGCCACUCUUAUUUGUUCCUAGACCAUUGUACUUAGUGCUGCUAGUUUUGGGAUGUGAUCAGAGGUGGAAAGUGUACAAAGCACUCGGCUGUGCUCACCACUUUUGGGAAGUUCCUAAGUUAGAGCAAAAUGACCAGAGAAACAGAGUUCAUAACCACUAACCAGUGAAAUUAAUUGGACAUUUACACGCUUCCCUUUUUAUUUAAUUGAUCACUGGUUAGUUUGGAACUCCCUUUACCUGGUUACUUAGAUCAUAAUUAGAUACUUCCCUAAAGUGGUGAACACAGCCGAACUCAGUUGAGUACUUGUACUUUUCCACCUCUGGAUGUGAUGAUAAUGAUUAUUUGUUAAAGGCUUCACACAGUAUUCAGAAUAGCGUGAAGAGCAGAUUUGUGAAGGAAGACUUUGGGGAAAAACACAAAAUGAACCCCUUCAAACUUAUGGCUGGACUAUGCACAUAAUAAUUUUUUAUCAUUUGUCAUCCCCAAAGUCAGCCUUUAAGCACUUAUAUAUUUGUUACACGAUGUAUUUAUUGAGAUAUUUGCAGAAAUGUAUUUUUCCCUACGUAUUUCAGAAAAUGUUUAACUUCAUUCAAAACUUUAGGAGAUGAAUUGUUCUACUGCUUGAUCAUAUAGAAUGGUAUCUCAAAUGAUGGUUGUAUAAUUUACGCUUCAAUGCUUGAUAUAUAGGUACAGCUCUGGAAAAAAUUAAAUGACCACUGCACCUUUUUCUUUCCUUUCCAAAAAGGUUGAAAAUGAACAU